UCUAUUCAAGGCCAAGUUUAGACCUUUAUCCUAUCGACCACUUAAAGAAAGCGAUUUGCCACCUGGGUCUGGUGCAUUGGUUCACUAUCAGAGCAAGAGAGGCAUCAGAGGUGGGGUCGUAGCCAUGACUGCUGCACCCGGAUCAGUUCAGAAUUCUGAGGAAGAAUGGCGUGCAGUUCUUUCUCCUGAACAGUUCCGCAUUCUCAGACAAAAAGGGACCGAGUAUCCAGGUACAGGGGAAUAUGACAAGUUCUAUGGUGAAGGUGUCUACAACUGUGCAGGAUGUGGAACUCCCCUGUAUAGGUCCACAACUAAAUUUAACUCUGGAUGUGGAUGGCCAGCGUUCUAUAAGGGCAUUCCUGGUGCAAUAAAUCACACUCCUGACCCAGAUGGAAGGAGGAUAGAAAUUACAUGUGCUGCUUGUGGUGGGCAUCUUGGUCAUGUGUUUAAGGGUGAAGGAUUCCCGACACCAACAGACGAGCGUCAUUGUGUCAAUAGCAUUUCACUCAAGUUCACUCCUGCAAAUUCUGAUGCCAAAAUAUGA